CAUAUCUUGAUAGAACUAGGCCCUACCCAAGCGGCCCACACCCAAUUCGUGGCAUUCCAGCAUGGACGGGAGCCCGCAAGGGACAUCGGAGGCUAGCACAAGCUCAAAACCACUAGAAGCGGCAUGGAAGGAGUUCGGGAGAGAUAAUCCCGCUGGCAAGGCGCUAUUUAAGUUGUACAACAAAGACGCGGCAAAGCAGAUCGGGAACGCCUACAACAGCAAGAACAAGGCGGUGCAUGAAAAGAAGCUCGCGACGGGCUGGUCGCCGCUGCCCGUGGCGGAGCCGCCCAAGCCCAAGCUGGAAAAGCCGGUGGUGGCGGUGCCCAGGUUCCCAAAGCGCAUGGACUACGAGUCAUCGCGGGCGCAGUACAUCCCGCGGCGGCGGCAUGUGGACGUCAUUCGCGCCGAGAUAGACGCCGAGUACGAGCGCAUGCGGACUGCGCCGCAGCCGCCGCCCAGCCGCGCGGUGUUGGACGACAAGGAGAAGACGCGGCUGGCGGAUCUGAUGCGCUUCCGGGGCAAGGUGCCGGCCGUGACGCCGGAGCAGGUGGCGGCGCAGGCGCGCGCGGCCCCCAAGAAGAGCGAGCAGCAGCAGCUGGAGGAAAUGUUUGAGCAGAUUGUGGGCGAGAUCGAGGAGCGCCGCGCAUUCCUGCGCGACCUGGAGGCGGCGGGUCGGCUCAAGCUGGAGACUGUGCACAUGGUGCGGUCUGAGAUCCAGCAACGGGUGGCGGACCUGCAGCGGGUGGACGCACUGCUGCAGCAGUACACGGCGGGGGCGGGGGCGGGGAGCGGGGCGUCGCCGAGCCAUUGAGGGGGAGCUAGGGGUGGUGGAGUCUGUCGUGAGCCUGUGGAGGAGGGAGUUGCGAGAGUCUGUGAUGAGUGGUAGUGGGCACGGCAAUUGAGCUCGCGGGGGCAGGAGCCGGCAUAGCGAGGAGGUGUGUGGUGAAUCCUCAGGGUUUGAUGCUACCGUAAUCAGGGUCAUCAACAGGCAGCUGCCUGGCAAUAUUGGGCCCCUGGAUCACUGGAUGCCGUGUGCGAGAACGUGGUUAGGGCCCUUCUCGCCAGCGGCGGCGGCCUACCCCUGCAAGAUGCAAAGCCCUGAGUCAUGACAGCCUCAAUCAGCUGAUACUGUGAGGGUCUGAGGGUUUUGAGCAGCUUGGCUGAAGCGUGCAUAGGGUAUUGUGG